AUGAUCUUCUUCUUCCUCCUCCUCACGCUCCUGCUCCACUUUGCACGAUCAAGGAGGGAUCGUAACAGUACUGAGCUUCCGAGCAAGCUCCCAUCGCCGCCGUUCAAGCUGCCUGUGAUCGGGCACAUGCACCUCAUCGGCUCCCAGCUGCCUCACGUCUCCCUCCGCGACCUCGCCGCCAAGCACGGCCCUGACGUCAUGCUCAUCCACCUCGGCGCCGUCCCCACCCUCGUCGUCUCCUCGCCGCGCGCCGCCAAGGCCGUCCUGCGCACGCACGACCUCGCCUUCGCGUCGCGCCCGCGGUCCAUGCUCACCGACAUCAUCAUGUACGGAGCGUCCGACUCGUGCUUCGCCCCCUACGGCGACCAUUUCCGCAAGGCCAGGAAGGCGGUGACCGUCCACCUGCUCAGCUCCAAGAAGGUGCAGUCCUACCGCCCCGUCCGGGAGGAGGAGGUGCGGCUAGUGCUGGCCAAGCUCCGCCACCACGCGGCGGCGCCGGUGGACAUGAGCCAGCUGCUGCAGUCCUUCGCCAACGACCUCAUCUGCCGCACGAUUUCAGGCAAGUUCUUCUGCGAGGAAGGCCGGAACGAGGUGUUCCGGGAUCUGGUGGCCGCCAACAACGCUCUCCUCGGAGGAUUCAACCUGGAGGCCUACUUCCCGGGGUUGGCGAGGAUGAGGCUCAUCAGCAAGCUCGUCGGCGGCAGAGCCAUGAGGGUCAGGAGGAGGUGGGACCAACUGCUCGACAACCUCAUCGACGACCAUCUCGCUAUUAGGUUGGCUCGCACUCACGACGAUGACCAACACGACACUGACUUCAUCGACGUCCUCCUUUCCCGCCAGGAGGAGUAUGGCUUCCACAGAGACACUAUCAAAGCCUUAUUAAUAGACAUGUUUGAAGCAGGUACGGACACAACACACCUAGUUCUAGAAUACGCCAUGGUUGAGCUCAUACGUAAACCACAUGUUCUAGCAAAGCUGCAAGACGAAGUAAGAAGCAUCACACCGAAAGGGCAAGACGCAGUCACCGAAGACGACAUCGUCGACAUGGUCUACUUGAAGGCCGUUAUCAAGGAGACACUCCGGCUACACCCGCCGGGAGGUCUCACCAUUCCUCACCUCGCUAGAGAAGACUGCGCCAUUGUUGAUGGCAGCUACAUGAUCCCGGCAGGAACAUGCGUGAUCAUCAAUCUGUGGGCACUCAAUAGGCAUGCUGAUUACUGGGACAUGCCAGAUGAGUUCAUGCCGGGGAGAUUCAUGGAUGGGAUUAACAAGGGCACCAACUUUCAGGGGCAAUAUUUUCACUUCCUGCCGUUUGGGUCUGGACGAAGAAUGUGUACUGGAAUUCAUUCUGCAACGAUCACCCUUCAGAUUAUGUUGGCUAAUCUCAUGUACUGUUUCAACUGGAAGCUACCAUCAGGAAUGAAGGAGGAGGAUGUCGAUACGACUGAUGUGUUUGGAUUGGCCAUACAUCGCAAGGAGAAGCUCUUCUUAGUGCCCCAAGUUGCUUGA